UGGAAAUACCACAAUGGACCACGAUGUUUUGCCCUGACUAGCGCUAUCCUUCUCGUUUCUCAUUCUAGCCGCAAUGAAUUCGCGUUACGCCUGUUCCAUCAGUGUUGACAGUUCAUUGCAUCACAUCCGUCUUCCCCUAUUCCCAUUCUUCGCGAAAAUUUGAGCAUCGGUUCCCGGUAGUGCACUGUGCUACACCGUGGACUCGCGAAAAAAUUCUGAUUGUGUAUAUAAUGUUUUGUGCUAUAUAUAUUUUCUGAGUAAAAAUAUCCUAACCGGGUGAAAAUUAUUAUUAUAAAAAAAAGAUCAUCUGUGAAAGCAUCUCAAUAUACGAUGGAAGAAGCAGAUAGCUGCGAUGUAAGCAUGUCUGAUGGUGAAAGUUCUGAAAUGAGCAUAUCUAUAGAAGACCACCAUGAUACAGAAAAUGAAUCUGACCUGGACGAUAAUACUAAAGAGGAGGAUGAAGAUGAUACUAUCAAAGCGAUCCAAGAUGAAAGUAGGAAGCAAAGAGAUAGACCUCCAAAUAUUGAAUGUGAACACUUCAUAACAGACCUUUGCUUUCACCCAGAACAUGAUUUGCUAGCUGUUGCAAAUAUCGUAGGUGAUGUAUUGUUGUACAAGUAUUCCAGUAGUGAGGCCACACUAGAGGAAACUCUCGAACUUCACACAAAAGCAUGUAGAGACAUAGAAUUUAGUCAGAAUGGGAAUUUAUUAUUCUCCACCUCAAAGGAUAAAUCCAUAAUGAUUACAGAUAUGAAUAGUGGGAAACUGAUGAGGUUUUAUGACAACUCACAUGAUUCGCCAAUCAACUGCAUAUCUGUUAUAGAUGAAAAUAUAUUUGCUACAGGUGAUGAUGAUGGCAUGUUAAAACUAUGGGAUUUAAGGGAGAAGAAGGAUACACAACAAUGGAAAACAAAAAAGAAUACUGAUUAUAUUAGUGACAUUAUCACCAAUGAUUCUCGUCAAUAUUUGGUAUAUUCUUCUGGUGAUGGUUCAUUAACAACGAUAGACUUGAAAAAUAGGAGUGUGUUUAUGCAAUCUGAAGAAUAUGAUGAAGACUUGACCUGUCUAGGUCUGUUUCGUUCUGAAACCAAACUGCUAGCAGGAUCAUCGAAAGGAAAGUUAUAUAUUUACAACUGGAGCGAAUUCGGACUACACAGUGAUGCAUUUCCUGGCCCCAAAACAACGAUCAACGCUAUGGUUCCCAUCACUGAAAACAUUGUUAUUACCGCUUGUGAGGACGGAAAUUUGAGAGCUACUCAUCUGUUUCCGCAUAGACAUUUAGGCAUAGCCGGCCAACACAACCUAUCCGUGGAAAACGUCGACAUUUGCAACACCGGUAAAUUUAUCGCAUCUAGCAGCCAUGACAAUGAUAUACGAUUUUGGAAUAUAGAGUACUUUGAAGAUUUUGAAAAAGUGAGCCAAAAACAUAACAAGCAUAAUACAAGGAAAGAACUCAGGAACAACUUACCUUCUUCAAUGAUGAAAAACUCUUCAGAUUUCUUCAGUGGAUUAUGUUGAGCCCUAAUAAUUUUAUAGUAUUAAAUGAUGUGUUACAAAUUGCAUUUUUUUUUUAGCAAGGCUAGCUGCAUUGAUAAGCUACAACUAUUUUGCGAUGUGUACUAUUUAUCACUUAUCCGUAAUUUGAAUUUCUCUUCAUCGAUAAUAGAGUACCCAUUCCUAGGCCAAACCCUUUUCAAUGAUUUUCUUUUGGCAAAUUCAAUAGUUUAUUGAUUGUAUAAUUUCACUCGUAUUAUAUCUUUCUUUCUCAGCGAUUCAGUAUGGUGUUGACGAUCAGCAAAAAAAACUAGUUUUUCUCCUUUAGUUGGUUUCCUAUAAAACAUAUCUUCUUCAAGGCCACUCAAGAUACCUUCUUCCAGAACGUUACGUGUUCUGCGUGAUUCGCUUUUCUGUUUCCGUUGAGGUCGUGGUGCAGAGAUCGUUUCGUCAUUUUCCGGACUCUGUGAUAUUAGGCCCCAAGCGCCAAUUCAUGGACUAACACCUUUUUUUUUGUGUAACUUAAGUUUAGUCAUUUUGGCUUGGAUGCUACGUCUUCCAUUUUUUUAUGGGAUUUUGACCCUCAGCGGUAAGUUCUUUUUUUUAUAUACAUUCGGACCACGUGCCUUAAUGCGUGUCCUGAUGACGCUCGUUCAAUAUCUGCUUUCUUUUAAUCAAUCAAUAGAAACAGAAGAGAAUCAUCAUCCUUUCUCCUCCAGUUAGUUGUAUCUUGUUGCAGUUUUGCAAAUUGGUGGAAGCCAUCCCCUUGGAAGAAAAAACCUGAUGUGAACAGGUAAAAUAUCAUUCUAAUUAACAAUUUCAUAGAUCUUUAUACAUUUAUCAUUGCUCAUUGAAAUUCUUAGAGACUUCUUGAUUUUAUUGGACAUUCUAUGUAUUCAAAUAUGGGGGCAGUGCCUACAUGGCACCUUCUAUUACAUUGAUCAUGAUUUUGAUUUUUGAGCUGCCAUAACUUUUUAGAACAAGGGUAUAUUAGUUUAGUACAUUUUUAUCUUUUUUUUGCCUUUGCUUUAUUUUUCUUGUAUAAAAAAUGUACAUGAUUUUGCUUCAAGUGCGACUGGUUUCAAUGAGUAGUUUUAUCUCAGACAGAGAGUAGAGUAGAUUUUUAGACAGUAUUUCUCUCUCUAGGGCUUUUUUUACUACCAUAAUUUUUGGCAACGAGGCAAGCAGCCCCUGCCCAGUGACGUGCCCACUACUGGCCACAUUUUGACCAGAAAUGAGGACAUCUCGGCCGCGUCUGACAAAGAAGACCUACAGAUAAGUUUAAUAUUUAGGCGCAAAAUAUCUGUAAAUACUUCGGGCGUAUACCAUGGUAGACGUCUCGCGGGGUUAUCUCGAAAAAUAAUUUUGUCAGGUUGUAUUUAAGAUUUAUAGCAUCCUUUCUUUUAUUUUAUUACUCGCACUCUGGUAGUGGAGCACGUGCGUUUUUUUUAUUAAUCAAUAUAUUGUGAUUCAUUUGA